UUUAAACAAACUUUAGGCUAACGGUCCGUCUUGUUGGGACGUGACGCGAGACAGAGGCAUCAGGGUUCUAAAAUAAUUACUAUAAGCAGCGGAGGCCAUAGCACAAACCACCUGGCAACAUGUCGAGCAAACGCACCAAGGGGAAGACCACCACCAAGAAGCGCCCACAGAGGGCCACUUCAAACGUCUUUGCCAUGUUUGAUCAGUCCCAAAUCCAGGAGUUCAAAGAGGCCUUCAACAUGAUUGACCAAAAUCGUGACGGCUUCAUUGACAAAGAAGACCUCCACGACAUGUUGGCAUCUUUGGGCAAGAACCCAUCAGAUGAUUACUUGGAAGGAAUGAUGAGUGAGGCACCAGGUCCAAUCAACUUCACCAUGUUCCUCACUAUGUUUGGGGAGCGACUCAAUGGCACUGACCCUGAGGACGUCAUCCGUAAUGCCUUUGCUUGCUUUGAUGAGGAGGGAUCUGGAGUGAUCCACGAGGACCACUUGAGAGAACUCUUGACUACUAUGGGUGACCGCUUCACUGAUGAGGAGGUGGAUGAGCUAUUUCGCGAAGCACCUAUUGACAAGAAAGGCAACUUCAACUAUGCCGAGUUCACUCGUAUCCUCAAGCAUGGUGCCAAGGACAAGGAUGAUAUUUAGAGACUGACUGCUUUUUUCGCCCAUCGCUGCCCAAACCUGAUGACCUCCGUCGCUCUCAGUAGCAGUGCUCACCAUCUAUAGUUCCACUUUCAAUGUCAAACAGGCCAUUGAAACCUACUGGAUUCAGAGAAUCCGUUUUCUCCAUAUAAAAAAUGCGUUGAAAAUAUUUGAAAAUGGCCCAAAAAUGAUUGACAUUUGGGUAUGUUGUAAUUUUCACUUUUCUCUCUAAAAAUAUAUUUAAUAAAUGCCAAAUCUAUUUUGGGCCUUUUCAAAUAUUUACAUAUAAUCAGAAAAUACAGUAUGUACAUUUCAAAUACAUUGCUUUUUCCAGAUGGGUUUGCUGCCAGAGUAGAUCAAUUCAUUUCUUUGUAUCCAUUUGCAUCCAGAACAUACUAUAGCGCCAAACGCAACAUGCUGCUGGCAGGACCUGGUUUCCUGUGGAGACAUGUUUGCCAAUAUUUCUCUGCAGUGAGCCGUAUUAAAGUGCAUCUAUUCCAAACAUCUACAUCUCUACUGUGU